AUGACAUCCAAGCGGGGAUCCUUUGGUGCCACGGUGGCCGUGGGCUUGGCCCUUGUGGCUGCCUGGAGCUGCCUCUGGAGACAUGAAGAGGACUUCGUGAGCGGUGUGUCGGUGCAGCCCCGCGAGUCCUUGAUGACCCGCUGCGCGGUGGACAAGGCGAUGAAGGAUCGCAUCGCGUCUUUGGCGAAGACCGCCAAGCUCACCGAUGCCAUGCGCGUGGUCGCUGCCGCCAAGGUCCGCAACGCCCAGAACGGCGUAGAGAAGCAGCGUCCGUUCACCGACGAGCUCCUGAGCAUGAUCAAAGGCUUAGUAAAGCGACUCAAAGGCAGCGGCUUUGAGGCAGAGCUUCCCAUGCUGCGAGUGCCAGAGAAGGUCAAGAAUGUCGGCAUCUUGAUGAUCACGGCCAAUCGAGGACUCUGCGGGGCCUACAACACCUUCAUCAUCAAGAAGGUCCAGGCCCGUAUCGAGGACCUGAACAAGCAAGGCAUCGUGCCGAAGCUGUUUAUUGUUGGCAAGAAGGGUCUGGCUUCCCUGCAGACGCGUCUGGCCAAGGGCGUGGAGUACAACUACACCGACGAGUGGUUCACCAUGCCCGACACCAUCAGGGCGAAGGAUUCCGCCGAGAUUGCGGAGGUGUUGCAGAACUACUUCUUGAGCGGAGAGGUGGACAAGAUUGAGAUUGCCUACGGCCGAUUCAUCAACCUGCUCAACAACGAGCCCUCGCUCCGAACUCUUUUGCCCCUCUCGCCCACGGGCAUCGAGGACCCCGAGGAUGAGACCUUCAAAAUGACCACUGAAGAAGGCAAGCUGAAGGUGGAGAAGACGAAGGUGAAGGCUCCUAAGGCCAAAGAGAUCGAGGCAGAUGUGAUCUUCGACCAGCCGCCAGAGGUCAUCCUGAACUCCAUGCUCCCGCUCUACCUGAACUCGCAGAUCCUUUCCUUGAUGUUCGAUUCGCAGGCGUCUGAGCUUUCGGCACGAAUGUCUGCCAUGAAGGUCGCUACGGACAACGCGAACGAUCUGCAGAAGAAGCUCAUCCUCAUCUACAACAAGAAGCGCCAGGCUGCUAUCACUGCAGAGUUGUGUGAGGUGACGGCAGCCGCCGUGGCGCUGGAGGGAGGUGAUGCUGGCAAGGCCGGCCCGAACCUCGGUGUCAUGGACAACGAAGACACCAUCAGUGAGGACUUCAUGAAGGAGUUGGAGGAUGGCUCCAUCUCGGACACGCCGCAGAAGCCCGAGGAGAUCGGACCGACAGACCGCUGGGAGUUCAUGAAGACGCUGCCCAAGGGCGAGGGCUUCUGA